ACUGACUCAACGGACAUGGGUUUGGGUAGACUGGGAGUUGGUGAUGGGCAAGGAGGCCUGGUGUGCUGCAGUUCAUGGGGUCGCAGAGAGUCGGACACGACUGAGCAACUGAACUAAAGUAGGGCUUAGGAAGACCUUUUUAACAGACUCCUAGGAUAUGUCUAAUGCAGAUAGAAUACAUUAGAGAGAGAUGGGCCUAGGUUAUCAUCUUUUGGUAAGUAUUUAGUAAAUCUGAGAGAAGAGUCAACUAUAUGGCAGAGUUAUAUAUAUUAUAGGGCUGCUGGAAAAAAUGCUUGUAACCCUUUGGUUUUCUAAAGUAGGAGAUUGCUGAGCUGAGUUUUAGAGGAGGAGAAAGAUGCAGUCAUGUGAAAAUGACGGCUGAAAGGAUGUCUCAGGCCUUGGACCUGAUGAGCAGAGGCACAGAGUGACAAACAGCAUGUGUCUUCAGGUCCAGUCUCUCGAGGGUCAAGUGGAAACCACAUGGUAAGAUGAGAUAGUUACACAGGUCACUGCAAGAACCGUGGAUUGCUAUAGAGUAAGGAUUUGAAGCAGGGAGGGACGGGGAGCAAUUGAGAGUAAAGUAGGUUUGUAUUUUAGUUAGAUCCCCAGUGACUGAAAGAGAUGAACACAAAGACAAGAAGACUGUAAAGCCACAUCAGAUCACUAGGAGUUCUAGAAACCAAGCAGCAGACAGAGGUUUUAAAAUUUGUUAGGUGCUGUUAGGUGUAACGGUUUGCUUUUCAGAGGAACUUGGACAGAACAGUCAUUGCAGAAAUGGGGAAAAAGUAUAUAGGCUUGCCUUCUGUGUUGCAGAUAUUCAGCACAGUACAUAACACCUAAUCGGUGUUCAAGGUGACUGACCAAGUUUGGUUAGGUGACAUAAGUAUAUGUCCCUCAUUCCAAAAGUCACCAUAAAUGAGAUAUCUAAUGUUUGUACUUGGAGUUCUUAGCUCAGUGUCAUUACACCUUUGAUAAUUAAAUAUAAACUGAACAAGUGGAAAGGAAUUGUUCACUUUCAUUUCACUUUUACUUACACUACAAAGUCUGGGGGAGGGGGACGAGGAGACAGCGAUGAGGACCAAAAGCUGUACCACCUGCAGAUCUAAUCAUCACACUCAAAGUCACACUAAAAGAGCAUUUCUUCUUUUAAAAUGUAAUCUUCAUAAGAAGGAGGGGCUUGUCUGCCACAUAAAAGGCACUCAGUAAUAGGUAAUGGACAAAUUAAUAUCCUCAUAAAGGGGUGUGUGCAGCAUAGAUGUAUGCCAGGGUUUUAACAUUGCUUGUUACUGCAACGUGCUCUGGUAACCAUUUUUUCUCAAGUUUUGUCAGAUACAUGCCCUGAUGAUGUUAUUUAAUUGUUGAUUUACAGUGAUUCUUGUUGCUUUUUAAACAUGUGGAAAUGGAUUACAACGAAGGCUGCGUGGAAUUUGAUCAUCAUGACUCCGAUGGUAUUUAAAUGCCCAGCACAAAUAUUAGAGCCCGAACAGGAUAAAAAAAAAGCAGAGGGUGUUUUGAAGGAGUCAGUUUCACUUGGGUAAAAGGGAGCUAAAUUUACACACAGUCCUUAUGGACUUGCAACCUGCAGCUGAUGCAGGCACGUUUCUUGAGAGGAGUGCUGUGCGGCAUCCUGUUAUUGUACCAGUGUGUGUUGCGUACGUCGGCAGAAUUUUUCUUCAAAAAGUAUCAUCCUGGAGUUGCUGGCAGGGCUUUUCCCAUGGAUUUCUUUAACAGUACUCGAUUGCUCAUCUGCACAUGAUAAGUUGUUGGUAGUAUGGUUCUUUUUUUAUUUUUCAAACUACCAUUAAACAUUAGUCAGUUUUCCUUGAAUAAAUACCUAGAGAUCCGCACUAAAACUAGUAAUUUUAAUAGAUUUAUUCUUAGAAACUAUAGUUAACUCCUAGCAUUUUCAAUAAUAAACUUCCAUACUGUUUAUAAGACUGUUUUUCUUCAUUGUAGUUGAGAUUACAGACAUCCCGCCAGCAUGAUUUCUUCAAAGCCCAGACUUGUCGUACCUUAUGGCCUCAAGACUCUGCUUGAGGGAGUUAGCAGAGCCAUACUCAAAACCAAUCCACCAAACAUCACCCAGUUCGCAGCAGUUUAUUUCAGAGAACUUAUUCUCUUUCGAGAAGGACAUGCUUGUCUGGAUAUAAAAGAUCUGGUUAAACAAUUUCAUCAGAUUAAAGUGGAGAAAUGGUCGGAAGGAACAGCACAAGAGAAGAAAGCAGAAUGUGUGAAAGAGCCAGAAAGAGCAUCUACCAUCUCCCUAGAACCUAAGCGGAUGGAAAAAUCGACGGACACAGAGGAGGAUAACAUAGCAGCACCGUUGUUCAGCAACAAAACCACUCAGUUCCCAUCAGUUCAGGCCGAGCUGGUCUCAGAGCCUGAGGACGCAAGUGAAGCACUCCGGGGUCCAUCCAAACCGGCCACCCCACCGUCGUCACCAGUGCCAGCAGCGGUCACUUCCGAGUUUGCCUAUGUCCCUGCGGACCCCGCCCAGUUUGCUGCUCAGAUGUUAGGUAAUGUUCCAUCUGUUCAUUCUGAUCAAUCUGAAAUUUUAAUGGUGGAUGUGGCAACAAGUAUGCCUGGUAUUUCCGAGGAGAUGCUGAGCUCGAAGGCUACUGAAGAGAACGUGGUGGCCACUCCUAGUGUCUGUUCUGGCAAGAUGGUAGCAGAGCAGGUUGUGAGCGAAAAAUCUGUCCAUGUACGUGUGGGCAGUAAGGCUGAAUCACCAACGGCUUCCUCAUUCCCCUUGCAGGGUGAACAAGAACCUCCUGCUUGUGACCAUGCUUCUGAGGUCCCUUUGCAGGCUGACAUUGAGGUGACAUCUACCAUGCACAUAGCCUCUAUCUAUAAUGAUGAGCCUGUAAUCGAAGGAGUUACUUAUGUUGAGCAGUUACCAGAACAAAUAGUUAUCCCCUUCUCUGAUCACGUUGCUCGUCUUAAAGGCAAGGAGCAGUCACCACCACACAGUCCCAUACUUGUAGUAGGCAAGACAGCCUCAGGCGGGUCUGAAAAAUCUGUGGGUUCCGCAAAAUUUGUGCAGUUGGAGAGUACAAAGUAUGACUCAGUCCAUGUGGAGGCAGACGGCUCUACCAAAGCAGUGAGCUCUGAGAAAUCCAUGCACCUUGAAGUGGAGAUCUUUGCGCUGGCCCCUGGCAGUGCUGGGCAGGAGUCCGGGGGAAACCCUGCGUCCCAGGAGACGGAGGUCAAACCCACGCGCUCAGGGUCCAUAAGAUCAUCUAGUGGCCCCCAACCUCCUGUUCCAGAAGGUCUUUAUGAACCAGAAAUGGAACCAGAACGGGAAGCAGCACCUUCCAACGAGGUUUGAUGGAGCCAGCACUAGCAGCAAGCGAAGCAGGACAACCACCACCAUAUUCUAACAUGUGGACCCUUUAUUGUCUAACUGAUAUGAAUCAACAAAGCCGCCCAUCACCGCCACCUGCACCUGGGCCUUUCCCCCAG